CUGCAUGCACUGCUAUUUUUUCAUAUCUAAAACAUGAUCAUAAAGAAGGAGAAGGAAGUUUGCAGUCUCGUUUUGGAAGAUGGAAAAGUGUUCACAGGUCUGCGAUUUGGAGCACACGUGGAUUGUGAUGGAGAAGUUGUCUUUCAGACGGGAUUGGUUGGAUAUCCAGAGUCACUCACUGACCCUUCCUACCAUGCUCAGAUAUUGGUGCUCACAUAUCCACUGAUUGGAAACUAUGGAGUGUUUGGUAAAGAAAAAGACGAAUAUGGAAUUCCUAGAUGGUUCGAGUCGCACAAGACAUGGGUGAGCGGUCUGGUGGUGGGCGAGGUCUGUGAGACCCCUUCACACUGGCAACAGAGGCAGCAUCUGUCGGACUACUUAGCUGAGGCGGGUGUGCCAGGCAUCAGUCACAUCGACACACGUCAGCUGACUAAGCACAUUCGCGACAAAGGCUCCAUGUUGGGCAGGAUUGUAGCGGGAGAAGUCAGCGAGACAGACGCCCUUGCCCACCGGUUUGCCAAUCCCAACGCGAGGAAUUUGGUGGCCGAAGUGUCUACUAAGCAAACGAAAAGCUACACAUCGCUGACACCAGGCAAGACCCCGCUGAAAGUGUGCGUAGUCGAUUUCGGCCUCAAGUACAACCAGCUGCGCUGUCUGCUGAGCCGAGGCGUCAACUGUGACGUGGUGCCCUGGGAUAAAGCCAUCACCUCGCCGGCCGACUACGACGGCUUUUUCCUGAGCAACGGGCCCGGCGACCCCGAGCGAUGCAGCGCUGCCGUGGCCAAUAUUCGCAGCUGGCUCACUUCUCAGCUGCCGGUUUUCGGCAUAUGUUUGGGACAUCAGCUGCUGGCUACUGCGGCCGGCUGCAAGACUUACAAGAUGAAAUACGGCAACAGAGGCCAUAAUCAGCCUUGCACCCAUCUGGGCACAAAUAGGUGCUUCAUCACAUCACAGAACCACGGCUAUGCAGUGGAUGUGGACUCUCUGCCCAACCAGUGGGAUCCACUCUUCACCAAUGCUAACGACCACUCCAACGAGGGAAUUGUACACUCGCAGCUGCCUUUCUUCAGUGUCCAAUUCCACCCGGAACACUGCGCCGGACCAGAUGAUCUGGAGUGUUUGUUUGACGUUUUCGUGGACGUAAUGCGGCGCCGGAAACUGAAUGAAACCGUGCCACCGGUCAACCAGCUCAUCACUGCCAGACUUCAAGCACCGGCUCCUCCUCUAAACACCAGUGAACAGCAACAGCCGAGUAAAGUGCUGAUCCUGGGCUCGGGUGGUCUAAGCAUUGGCCAGGCGGGCGAAUUCGACUACUCAGGCUCACAGGCGCUGAAAGCCAUGCGCGAACAGGGCAUCCAAACCAUACUCAUCAACCCCAACAUUGCCACUGUGCAGACCUCAAAGGGGUUGGCCGAUAAGGUCUACUUUCUGCCGCUGGUGCCUCACUAUGUUGAGCAGGUGAUUUGCUCAGAGCGUCCCGACGGCAUCCUGUUGACGUUUGGUGGUCAGACGGCGCUAAACUGCGGCGUCGAGCUGGAGAAGUCGAAGGUGCUGGAGAAGUAUGGCGUCCAGGUGCUGGGUACCAGCAUUCAGUCCAUAGUGGAGACAGAGGACCGCAAACUGUUUUCGGACCGCAUCAACGAGAUUGGCGAGCGAGUGGCACCUAGUGCCGCUGUUACUUCUGUGCAGGAGGCACUAUUAGCCGGCGAGAAACUGGGCUACCCAGUGCUGGCUAGAGCGGCGUUCUCGCUGGGUGGUUUGGGCUCGGGGUUCGCGAGCAGCGCAGACGAACUGCGCAGAUUGGCCCAACAGGCUCUCACUCACAGCAGUCAGCUGAUCAUCGACAAAUCGCUCAAGGGCUGGAAGGAGGUCGAGUACGAAGUGGUCAGGGAUGCCUAUGAUAACUGCAUCACUGUGUGCAACAUGGAGAACGUGGACCCUCUAGGCAUUCACACGGGGGAGUCUAUAGUGGUGGCCCCCAGCCAGACCCUCAGUGACAGAGACUACAACCGGUUGAGAAGUACAGCCAUCAAAGUGGUGCGACACUUCAAGAUAGUUGGCGAGUGCAAUAUACAGUAUGCGCUCAGUCCUACAUCUGAGGAGUACUAUAUCAUUGAGGUGAACGCAAGACUGUCCCGCAGCUCAGCUCUGGCCAGUAAGGCGACCGGCUACCCGCUGGCCUAUGUGGCAGCCAAACUGUCUCUCAACAUGCCUCUGCCCGAGAUCAGGAAUUCAGUGACCACUUCGACCACCGCCUGCUUUGAGCCCAGCCUCGACUACUGUGUUGUCAAAAUGCCACGCUGGGACUUGAGCAAGUUCUCCCGUGUCAGCACUAAGAUCGGCAGUUCGAUGAAAAGCGUAGGCGAGGUGAUGGCGAUAGGCCGCAAGUUCGAGGAGGCCUUUCAGAAGGCGAUGCGAAUGGUGGACGAGAAUGUGCUCGGCUUCGAUCCCCUGGUGAAGUCUCCCUCGGACGAGGAACUCGAACAGCCCACCGACAAGAGGAUGCUAGUUCUGGCUGCUGCCCUCCAUGCUGACUAUUCUGUUGAUCGACUGUACGAGCUGACCAAGAUCGACCGCUGGUUCCUGCACAAGAUGGCCAACAUAAUCGACAUGCACAAACAGCUGGAAGGCCUGACCUCGCAACAGGUCACAGCUGAUGUCAUGCUGCAUGCCAAACAGCUGGGCUUCUCGGACAAGCAGAUCGCCUUCCUUGUCAAGACCACCGAACUGCCUAUCAGGAAGAAGCGCGAGGAAUUUGGAGUCCUACCGUUUGUGAAGCAGAUUGAUACAGUGGCUGCCGAGUGGCCUGCUUGUACCAACUACCUGUACCUUAGUUACAACUGUAAUUCACACGACAUUGCCUUUCCUGGAGGUCACACCAUGGUCAUAGGUUCUGGCGUGUACAGAAUCGGCAGUUCAGUGGAGUUUGACUGGUGUGCGACCGGCUGUCUGAGGCAGCUGAGGGAAAUGGGCCGCAAAACCAUUAUGGUCAACUACAACCCGGAAACUGUCAGCACAGACUACGACAUGAGCGAUCGGCUCUACUUUGAGGAGAUCUCGUUCGAAGUAGUAAUGGACAUCUAUUUGGUGGAGAACGCGGACGGCAUAAUCCUGAGCAUGGGUGGUCAACUGCCCAACAACAUAGCGAUGGAUCUGCACAGGCAACAGGCGCGCAUACUGGGCACUUCGCCGGAGAGUGUAGAUGGAGCUGAGAACAGGUUCAAGUUCUCCAGAAUGCUCGACAGAAUUGGCAUAUCUCAACCCAGGUAUGAAAGUCAAUUCCUAAAAACAGUUCCCUGUGGCACACCCAUCGAGAUCGACAUAGACGCAGUGGCUUGCGACGGCCAGAUUCUGUGCAUGGCUGUGUCUGAGCACAUAGAGAACGCAGGAGUGCAUUCAGGCGAUGCCACCCUGGUGACUCCGCCGCAGGACCUCAACCAGGAGACACUGGCCAAGAUCAAGUUGAUAUGCAGGGCCAUCGCUAGUGCACUCGAAGUAACCGGGCCCUUCAAUAUGCAACUCAUCGCUAAGGACAACGAGCUGAAAGUGAUAGAGUGCAACGUACGUGUGUCGCGUUCGUUCCCGUUCGUGUCGAAAACGCUGGACCACGAUUUCGUAGCGGUGGCCACACGGGUCAUCAUGGGUGAGAAGGUGGAGCCGGUCGAUGUGAUCGCCGGUUGUGGCAAGGUUGGAGUCAAGGUCGCUGUAUUCUCAUUCUCGCGAUUGGCAGGAGCUGAUGUGAUGUUGGGCGUUGAAAUGGCUUCAACAGGAGAGGUGGCUUGCUUUGGUGAGAAUCGCUACGAGGCCUACUUGAAAGCGAUGCUCAGUACAGGAUUCCACAUCCCCCAGAAGGCCAUACUGCUUUCAAUCGGCAGUUUCAAGCAUAAAUCAGACCUGCUUCCCAGUAUCAGAUCACUACACAAGAUGGGAUUCAAGUUGUACGCCAGUAUGGGAACGGCUGACUUCUACAAUGAGCAUGGAGUUCAUGUGGAACCAGUGCAGUGGACGUUUGAGAACUUUGGCGAGACAGCGACCAGCGGCGAACUGAACAACUUGGCCGACUUCCUGGCUCGCAAGGACUUUGACCUGGUCAUCAAUCUGCCCAUGCGCAACGGAGGUGCGCGUCGGGUGUCUUCCUUCAUGACCUAUGGCUACCGCACUAGGAGGCUGGCUGUUGAAUACUCCAUACCCCUGGUCACCGACCAUAAGUGUGCCAAACUGCUGGUUGAGGCGAUGCUGCGCAUAAAAUCGGACCCACCUCUGCGCACACACACGGACUGCCUGUCGUCGCGGCGACUGGUCACCCUUCCAGGUCUGAUCGACGUGCACGUGCACGUGCGUGAGCCGGGCGCUGAGCACAAGGAGGACUACAGCACUUGUACGGCGGCUGCCCUGGCCGGUGGGGUCACCUGCAUUUGUGCCAUGCCCAACACGGCGCCCGCCUGCACUGAUGCCAGCACGCUUGCCCUAGUUAAACAGAAAGCAGCGGCCGGAGCGAGGUGUGACUACGCCAUCUAUUUCGGGGCCACUUCGGACAAUUAUGCCAGCAUUCCUGAGCUGGCUCCCAAGGCGGCCGGCCUCAAAAUGUAUCUCAACGAGACAUUCAACACGCUCCGUCUCAAAGACCUCACCGAAUGGAUCAAGCACUUUGACAGUUGGCCGAAGAAGUGGCCCCUAUGCGUGCAUGCCGAGGGCCAGACUACGGCCGCUGUGCUGCUAUUGGCAACACUGCACAACCGGCCAAUACACGUCUGCCACGUUGCUCGCAAGGAGGAGAUACAGAUUAUACGUGCCGCUAAGGAAAAGGGUUUACCGGUGACAUGCGAGGUAUGCCCGCAUCAUUUGUUUUUGACCGACGUGGAGGUGGCAGCUAGCCUGGGAGCAAGCAAGGCGCAGGUGAGGCCGGUGAUCGGCACCAGAGAGGACCAGCAAGCGCUCUGGGACAACCUCGACAUUAUCGACUGCUUUGCCACCGAUCAUGCUCCGCAUACAGUAGAAGAGAAGAACAGUGAGAACGCCCCUCCCGGCUACCCGGGCCUUGAAACUAUGCUGCCACUACUGCUUACUGCUGUACACGACAAGAAACUCACACUUGAAGACCUAGUAAACAAGUUGCACCACAACCCUCGACGCAUAUUCAACUUGCCCGAGCAGCCGAACACCUACAUUGAAGUGGACCUGGACACAGAGUGGCGCAUUCCACAACGCAUGCCUCACUCCAAGUGCGCGUGGACUCCGUUUGCCGGCACCCGAGUUAGAGGCAUGUUGCAUCGUGUGGUGUUGCGCGGAGAGGUGGCCUACAUCGAAGGAAAGGUGCUAGUACCUCCCGGCUUUGGCGAGGACAUAAGGGAGCAGAAGAAAGGGGUAGAACAGAGCUUGCUUGGGGUGCCAGGGGGAGCCCAGACCUAUAGCAGACCUCCCUCGAGCUGUGAUGGACUCUUGUCGCCCUACAACCAGGAGGAAUUACAAGAUUCUGGGACAAGAGGCGUGGCCUCAGACGAGCAUCACAGUCACGUGUCACCAAUCCGCGUGCCAUUAGCCAUUCCGAAGCCAUUGGGCAGCGCUGCCAUUGGUGGACUAGGCAGCAGCACUGCACAUGCGCAUCACAUUCUGCACCAUCAGCACAUUCUGACCGUGGACAUGUUCUCCAAGGAGCAACUCAACGAAAUAUUCAACCUCGCUCAGACUCUGCGCAUCUGUGUGCUCAAGGAGCGGCCACUCGAUCAUAUACUCAAGGGCAAAGUGAUGGCGUCGAUCUUCUACGAGGUGAGCACGAGAACGAGUUGCAGCUUUGCGGCGGCGAUGCAGCGCCUGGGUGGAAGGGUGAUCACAGUCGACGAGAGCAGCUCAUCUGUGCAGAAGGGGGAGACCACCGAGGACACAGUCGCCAUUAUGGCCGGCUACUCGGAUGUCGUUGUGCUCAGGCAUCCGAAGCCGGGUGCUGUUGCUAGUGCAGCGCAACACUGUCGCAAACCGGUUAUAAAUGCGGGUGACGGAACAGGGGAGCACCCCACUCAGGCAUUGCUCGAUGUGUUCACCAUCAGGGAGGAGAUAGGAACAGUCAAUGGACUCACCAUCGCCAUGGUUGGUGAUCUCAAGCAUGGGCGCACUGUUCACUCGCUGGCCAGACUUCUGACUCUAUACAACAACGUGCAGAUCUACAUGGUUAGCCCCGUGGGCUUGGCUAUGCCUGAGUCAGUGCUCGGUCACCUGAAAGCCAAGGGAGUGCACUACGAGGUCUAUGACUCACUCGAACAGAUUCUGCCAGCUGUCGAUGUGCUCUACAUGACUCGCAUACAGAAGGAACGAUUCCCCUCCGCUCAGGAAUACGAAAAGGUGUAUGGCAAAUUCGUGGUGACCCCCCAACUGAUGACACUGGCCAAGCGCAAGAUGGUGGUGCUGCAUCCCUUGCCCAGGGUGGGUGAGAUCAGUCCAGAGUUGGAUUCGGACCCCAGAGCCGCCUACUUUCGUCAAGCCGAGGCUGGCAUGUAUGUGCGUAUGGCGCUCCUUGCUAUGGUACUCGGACGCUGCUAAGUCCCCAACUUAAUAUGGCUACUUUGAAACGAAAUAAACAUCAUUCAGCUCAAUCACCUUUCAAGUACCGAUGCUCAAAUGUGUGGCUGUUCUCACACUUUCCGAUUGUAAGGUCUAUAGUGAGGUCCACGUUAUAAUGGCAGUAUUUGAUUAGCAUCAAAUUGUUGCUAUCCUUGUCUAUCUACAGACAAAGCAGGUAGCUCUAUCCUCCCCUACCUCCGCAACAUUACCAUAUCGUUUUUGGACAAUAUAAUUACCAGUAUUUGAUUAACAUUGUUUUUGCUAUCCUUGUCUAUCAUUCGACAAAGCAGAUAGCGACAUCCUUUUCUAGCUCCGUAACGUUUUUCUAGCUUCUAACUCAAAAUUGGACAAAACGUAUGAAGUGAUAAACAUAAACUAUUUUUGGUAAAUUUCUAUCUAAAUUUGGGAAA